GAGAAGGCCAAACAAGACCCGUCCAAAGAGAAAACACAGAUGUCAUCUACUCUGCUGCUUGUUGCUGGUGCAUUGAUGAGAGUAGGGUUCCUACUCUUUGGGCAGUAUCAGGAUGCCAACAUGGAAGUCAAGUAUACCGAUAUUGACUACUUGGUGUUUUCGGAUGCAGCUGGAUACGUAUGGAAUGGUGGAUCACCAUACGUGAGGGAGACUUAUAGGUACACUCCGCUACUGUCUUGGUUACUCCUUCCAAACAACAUAUUCGAAGACUUUGGUAAGUGGCUAUUCAUAACCUGUGAUCUCAUAACAGGCUUGAUCAUCUUGCAAUUACUCGAGAUGGCCAUGGUCAAAGGCUGGAAGAAAACAGUACUGGGGUCAAUCUGGAUUCUAAAUCCAAUGGUUGCCACGAUAUCUACGAGGGGAAGCUCUGAGAGCGUCUUGACUGUGUUCGUUAUGCUCUUUGUGUAUAACUUGCUGAAGAGAAACGUUAUGACCUGUGCAGUGUUUGCGGGCAUCGCUGUCCAUUUCAAGAUUUACCCUGUGAUCUAUAUACCAACUGCUAUCAUCUUUCUCUUACCUGUACAUAGCAUCAAACAGGUAUGGAGAUCCCCAGGUGUUGUUUUCGAGGAUUCUGUGAUUACGUUUGUGUUUUGUACCAUUGUGACUUUCGUCACACUUGGAUCGAUCAUGUACAUCAUCAACGGGUACGAAUUCUUGGAACAUUCAUACCUCUAUCACUUUAUAAGAUCUGAUCACCGUCACAACUUUUCCAUAUACAACGUUUCCCUUUACUUCACAAGUGCGCUAUCACAGAUCCCCUCCGCGGAUUUCACCAGACUGGCAUUCAUACCACAGUUAUUGCUAUCAGCAGUAAUUGUCCCCUUGGCUCUGACUAAGAAAUCUCUCUGUGAUACGUUCUUGAUUCAAACAUUGACUUUUGUGACGUUUAACAAGGUUGUGACGUCCCAGUAUUUCAUUUGGUUCCUGAUCUUCCUACCUCUUUACUUGAGAAACUCUUCCCUGUUGUCAUUGAACAAGUCUAAGGGAAUAAUGGCCCUUUUGCUGUGGAUAUCAUCGCAAGCAACCUGGUUAUUCUUUGCAUACAAACUGGAGUUCUUAGGGGAAUCAACUUUCUUCCCACAGUUGUUAUUGAGCUCUGUGGGAUUCUUCUUUGUGAACAUCUACAUCCUGGGCUUGUUCAUCGACGAUACAACCAGUAAACACAAUUCCAGUGGUAUAUAAUUAUGCAAACUAUACGACAGAAAGCAUGCAUAGUCUUGUAAUGUAUAAUAGGGUAUGGGUAUCUUAAAAGGCUAAGAUGAGCACAACGAGCCAUGUAUAUUGCGUUUUUUAGUCAAGUAUGUACAAAUA